AUGGCGGCGCAGGAGCCGCCGCGGCCGCCCCCGGCCGGCGCCGAGCCCGCGGAGCCGGAGCCCGGCGGGCGGUACGAGGCCGUGGCGCCGCACUGGUUCUACCGGCGGGUGCCCGAGGCGCGGGAGCGCUGGCUGCCGUUCAGCGCGCAGGACUCGCAGCGGCUGGAGGAGGCGCACGGCGCAGGGAAGGACCAGGAUGGCGUGGUGGUCCCCACCUCGGGGGGCAGGUACGACGUGCACCUGCGGGCGCGGCAGCGCGUGGCCGUGUACUGGGAGGAGGAGGCGGCCGAAGUGCGGCGCUGCACCUGGUUCUACAAGGGGGACAAGGACAACAAGUUCAUUCCCUACUCGGAGUCCUUCAGUGAGGAACUGGAGGAAGCCUACAUGAUUGCCGUGACCCUGGGUGAGUGGAAGAAGAAGCUGGAGUCCCCCAACAGAGAAGUCAUUAUCCUGCACAACCCAAAGCUGAUGGUUCACUACCAUCCCGUUGCCAGCUCUGACGACUGGGUCUCCACCCCCACGGAACAAGGCCGGCCCCGGACGGUGAAGAGAGGAGUGGACAACAUCGCUGUGGAGAUCCCCAGUGGAGAGCCGCUGCAGAUCGACCACCUGGUGUUCGUGGUGCACGGCAUCGGCCCCGCCUGCGACAUCCGCUUCCGCAGCAUCGUGCAGUGCGUGAAUGAUUUCAGGAACGUCUCCCUCAGCAUGCUGCAAGCACACUUCAGGAAGGCGCAGGAGCAGCAGCAGGUCGGGCGGGUGGAGUUCCUGCCCGUGAACUGGCACAGCUCCCUGCACUCCACUGGCGUGGACGUUGACCUGGAGCGGAUCACGCUGCCCAGCAUCAACCGCCUGCGUCACUUCAUCAACGACACCAUCCUGGACGUGUUCUUCUACAACAGCUCCACCUAUUGCCAGACCAUCGUGGACACGGUGGCCUCGGAGAUGAACCGCCUGCACCGGCUCUUCCUGCAGCGGAACCCGCACUUCAGGGGCGGGGUGUCCAUCGCGGGGCACAGCCUGGGGUCUCUCAUUUUGUUUGAUCUCCUGACGAACCAGAAGGCUGAUCCCGAGGAGGACGAGCGCUGCGCACAGGGGUCCAGGACAACCUCAGGCACGGGAGGUAUUGAGGAAGUAAAAGAAAUCCUGAAGAAGCUGGAGCUGUCCGAGUAUUGUGAUGUUUUUGAGAAGGAGAAAAUGGACAGGCAGGCAUUGUUCUUGUGCACAGAGAAAAACCUGAAAGAAAUGGGAAUUCCCUUAGGGCCAAGAAUGAAAAUACUCCAUUACAUCAGCUCCGAGACAGAGAUGAAGGACCGGAGCUCAGCAGCUCCUGGGCACAAUGAACGUGGAGCUGAGCCGGGGGACAGCUCCGAGGGUGGCAGGAGCUGCCAGUACCGGGACGUUGGCUUGGGACAGGUCUCAGCAAACUACCCCCAGCUGAACUACAAGCCGACCAUCUUCUUUGCCUUUGGCUCUCCCAUCGGGAUGUUCCUCACCGUGCGAGGAGUGAAGCGGAUCGACCCAAACUACAGCCUGCCCACCUGCAAAGGCUUCUUCAACAUCUUCCACCCCUUUGACCCGGUGGCGUAUCGGAUCGAGCCCAUGAUCGUCCCGGAGCUGGAGUUCGAGCCCAUGCUGCUGCCCCACCACAAGGGCAGGAAGAGGAUGCACCUGGAGCUGAAGGAAGGGCUGACUCGCAUGAGCGUGGACCUGAAGAACAACCUGCUGGGCUCCCUGCGGGUGGCCUGGCAGUCCUUCACCCGCGCCCCCGUGCCAGCCCUGGAGGCAGGGAGCUCCGAGGCCGAGGCCGAGGCAGAGGCUGGCACUGAGAAGCAGCCAGACACAAAGCCAGAGGAGCCCCCGGCAGCAGUGAAGGAAGAGACGCCCCCCAUCAACGUGGGGAGGCUGAACGGAGGGAACCGCAUCGACUACGUGCUGCAGGAGAAGCCAAUCGAGAGCUUCAACGAGUAUUUGUUUGCACUCCAGGGCCAUCUCUGCUACUGGGAGUCAGAGGACACUGUUCUGCUGGUUCUGAAGGAGAUCUACCAGACACAAGGCAUCACACUGGAUCAGCCUUUGCCAGGAAGCCAGUGACCCACCUGUGCUGUGCUGGCUGUCCAAUCCCACAGAGUACUCACCAGGAAAGUCCAGAUCUCUUCUCUGCCUUCCUCUCUCCUCUGCUGCCGUGUCCUGCAUGCUGCUUCCUAAGUACUUGCUGCUGCCUGGAGAUAAGGAUGGAUUUUCCUCCAUUUUGGGUAGGGGUAUGGGGAAAAACUGUCAAGGAAAACCACUUCUGCUGAAACACACACAACCCUGUACAGUGA